GGAAAUGUCCGUCUCUGUCUGAUUUUUUAUUUGUUGUCUGAGUGAAUGAGGGCUGCUCAUCAGGAAGUAUGCGGCAGGCGAAACUUUAAAAAUUACUAUUUAACAUUUCGGCCCCGGCCAUGUCUUCCUCUGCGGUGUACGACAAAGAACAGGCCAACGCAGUCUCCGCAGGCGCGAGUUUCGGUGGAUUUACUAUGAAAAUAUAUUCAAGGGACACUAUGUACCUGAAUAGGUUAACUACAGAAGAUGGAUGGAGACAGCUCGACCACCGACGCCUCCCAGCUGGGCAUCGCCGGAGAAUACAUGGCAUCCGGUCACUAUGUGCUCCAGUCUCAGGAUGAUGAUACUGAGGAGAGUCUGAAUGACCAUGACGACAGCGGUAUCAAAGAGAACUUCAGGGAGCAAGACAUCUAUCUUCCUAUUGCCAACGUGGCUCGCAUCAUGAAGAAUGCUGUUCCUCAGACUGGAAAGAUUGCGAAAGACGCCAAGGAGUGUGUGCAGGAGUGUGUGAGCGAGUUCAUCAGCUUCAUCACAUCAGAGGCGAGCGAGCGCUGCCACCAGGAGAAGAGGAAGACCAUCAACGGGGAGGACAUCCUGUUCGCCAUGUCCACGCUGGGCUUCGACAUGUACGUGGAGCCGCUGAAGCUUUACCUGCAGAAGUUUCGAGAGGCCAUGAAGGGGGAGAAGGGGAUUCCAGGGGUGGCGGUGGGAGAAAGCCUGGGAGAGGAUCUCACAGACGAUAGCUUCUCAAAUCCACUGCCAGCCGGGAUUAUCACAGCAGAUGGUCAGCAGCAGAACGUCAUGGUGUAUACCACCUCCUAUCAACAGAUCCCCACUGUGCAACAGAUCCAGUUUUCAUGACGAGGCCUUACCCCGAGCCCGAACACAGCGGCUCCUUACCAGGCCCACGCUCGCCAGAUGACCUCUGACCCCGCCACGGGGUAAAGGUUAUCAGACGGACAGGGAGGAGGGGGAGAGGCGUCUGCAGAAACCCUCAUGUACAGAGAAAUCACUACCUGUUCAGUAGAAAGUGUAGUAUCUAGUUGUGAGGUACCAAAUGUUUUGGAGUGCAUCCAAACCAGCUGGGAAAUUGAGGCUUUAUUUUAAAGUCUAGUCUUAUUAUGUUAUUUAGUGGUUGAAUUCUUUUUGUGCGUGCGUACGUGUUUGUUAAAGUGUUUGCUUUUAUGCAUUUUCAUCUUCUGGGGCGGGGGAGUAGGGGGGAGUGUUGUAUCGGACGCUUAUUUUUGAACGCCUUCUCCGUUUGAACCGAGAGAAGCCACGUUGAUACUGUCACAUCAGAUCAUGCAGCUCUUUUGUAAGUUCACACAAUUUACCAUGUGCUUUAAUGUUAUGUAAAUCCUUUGAAUAAAAAUUCAAAAGCGA